GUAUAAAUGUGGACAGGGCAAGCAUUGAUUUCCUUCCUUAUUUUAUAGAAAAGAGAAGUUAAACCCUUGAUGUAACAUCCAACCUAGACGGUGUGUGGGGGGAAGAGAUUCAUUGUAUCAUCUCUUCAGGACAUGGUUAUAGAAUAUCCUACACACAUGCGUGGUCUUUGUUAUUUUUUCCUCUUGAUCCUCAUCCAAGCGUCUUUAUGCACCAUCAAAGUCAUUGGUCGCACUGGGCAAAAUGUCUCUUUGCCCUGCACGUAUGAUGCCAAAACUUAUGGAGUGCUCAGUUUCUGUUGGGGACAAGGAAAGGUACCCAUGUCCAAAUGCUCCAACACUAUCCUCUCCUUGAAUGACGGGGGUGUGUUGUACCAACAGUCCCCCAGGUACCAGCUGCUGGGUUGGGUGACAGAGGGAGACCUUUCUCUCACCAUCCUGAAUGCUCAGAAGAGUGACGCUGGCAUGUACGGCUGCAGGGUUGAGAUUCCUGGGUUGUUUAAUGAUCACAAAGCCAACACACACCUGGUUAUGGAAGAAGUACCGACAACAUCUGCCAUGGAAACUCGGGGAUUUAUUGAUGCGAAGUUGGAGAAAGUUCAAACGGAAACAAAUCAGGAAGUAUCUAUAGCUUUCCUGGGAAUGGGAAUUGGGAAUAUUGGCAGGAUAGCAGCUAUUUUCUGCCUCAGUGUGAUCGUAAUCCUCGUUCUUGUCAUUCGGAGGACUAUUCUGUCGAGAGGAACGCUUCCGCAUCCAACCACCUUGCCAACCGAGAAUAUUUAUGAAAGUGUUUAACAAUAGUUAAAUGAUGCUCAGAAUUAAAAAAAAAAAAAAAAAAAAAAA